GCCUACAGCCAGUCAUACCAGGAGCUGUCGGCAGAUGCGGGGACGACGUCCAGAAAAGAGCACUUGUCUGCCUGUCUCAUUAACUACUUCAAAACCCUGAGGUUGAAGAGGCUGAUUCCUUGUAAUUAAAAUAAAUCAUGGACGACUCAUCUGAAGACUCGGAAGGUGAAAAACUGGAGUUUAUCCUGCCCAACCUUAUCGAAGAACUACGCAAAGUGCUGGACGAAUACCAGGACGAUGGGCAGAUCCUCAAGGAAAUGAUAAAAAAUGCCGAGGAUGCCGGGGCAAGCAGCGUGAAAAUCCUGGCGGAUCAUCGAGUGUUUCACAGAGACGUGGACCCAAAAAUAGAAAAGAUGCACCCUCAUCUGAAGUUCUUUCGGGGCCCAGCACUUUGUGUGUACAACAAUGAGCAAUUUACCAAAAUUGACUGGGAGGGAAUUUGUAUGCUUCACAUCAGUGUGAAGAAAAAAGACCCGCUCAAGGUCGGGCGAUUUGGUCUGGGAUUUAAGUCAGUGUUUCACCUCACAGAUCGCCCAGUGAUCAUCAGCGGAGAGUUUAUUUUGUACAUGGACCCUUUCAAAGGGUAUUGUAGUCGCAAACGUCUGGCAGAGUUAAGGGGCAGAGAACUGGAAUCUAUUACUCACUGUCUUGAUGCAGUGUUUCUCUCGGGAUCUCCUCAGUCACUUGACACAGUGUUCCACUCUCAGUCCGGAUUCUCAGGCACACUUUUCUGGUUUCCUCUCAGACGACAGAAGAGCGAUUUAUCUGACACACUGUACACAGAGGACAGUUUGAAAGAUCUUCUACAGGCUUUUAAAACAGAGGCAAGCUCCACGCUCAUCUUUCUAAAGAACUUAGAGAGGAUCGAACUGUUUAUCAGAGAUGACAAAGGUACAAAGACGGUAUUUAUAGUAGAGUUUUCAAAGGAGUGUAUGAAUACGGUGAGGGACGACAGGUCCGCGUUCAAGACCAGCAUCCGAGCGGCCGUUGAAGACCUUCCCCUGGCGCCGGUGUGUAGCCGGUCAGAGAUCGAGGUCGUGAUGUCUGACCUUGACCCCAGCAGUCAGCCCCAGCAUCAGGAGCGGUGGCUGGUGGUCAACUACCACGCGGGUAGGGAGCAGGCGAGUGACCAACUGCUGAAGCUGUGCGGAGACCCGAACCUGUGUUAUCAGCCCUACGUGGGGGUAGCCAUGCCUCUAGGAGGCCAACGAAGCUUUCAAAGUCACCUCUUCUGUUUCCUGCCGUUACCCCUGGAAACAAAAAGUUCCACAGGACUGCCUGUACACGUCAACGGCUUCUUUGCUUUGAGCCAGAACCGCCGCCAUGUUAAGUGGCCCACAGCCGACCAACUGCGCAACGGAGCUCACAUGGAGCCUGCGCUUACCUGGAACUGUCUGCUAGUCGAAGAAUUGCUUCCCUUGGCGUAUGUGGCCCUUCUUCACAGGCUCAAAGAGAUAUAUAACAAAAACCCAGACGAAUUCUACAAAUCCUGGCCGGAUGUGACUGCUGUAAACGACCGUUGGCAACUGCUUCCACGAACACUGUACCAGAAAUCGUCACAGGAAAUGUUUUUUCACGCUUCAAUGCCGACAGACACCUGGAUCCCACUGUCGAAAGCUGUGUUGCAGAAUUUCCCAUCGCCAGUAGACCCAGACGUAGAGCGAGCCGUCAUUCACAUCUACACCAUCAACAGAGAGAGCGUCGUUCGGUUACCACGUCACGUGAUGUCGGGGCUCGAGAAGUUCGACUUGCUGACUGCGGCACAAACCGUCACGCCCCACCACGUCAGCGAGUUAGUGCUCACUCACCACCAACAGCUCAACGACACAGAUAAACUGCUCCUGUUACAGUAUCUCUGUAGUCAUGGCAAUGACCUGCAGUUUCUGCUUGACCGGCCUCUGCUUCCCCUUCAGGACGGAACAUUUGGUGUCUUCCGUCGCCAUGGAGUCAAUGAAGUUUUCUGGUUUGAUGAACAAAUUCAGUCUCUAUUUCCUGGUCUGGAAAACGUGAUGUGCAGCAGCCGGGUGUCGGUGACCGUUAACAACCACCUUAGACGUCUUGCAGAGUCGGGUCUCUUUUCCCUGAAAAUCGUAGACAAGACAAGCGGCGAUGUGGCGAUGUUGAUGGCGAUGAGCAUACAAAGAAGAUUCGGACCUUCCUCCGUCAGACUUUCUUCACAUGACGACUGGAUCAAACAAGUAUGGACUUUCCUUCAAAGCAUAGCCCCGUGGAAUACUGAUCUCUCUGCAUUAUGUCACGUAGAUAUAUUGCCGAGUUUAGAAGGAUCCCAGGUAGCUCUUCUGCCACUAAAAGGUAACUACGUUAGCCUUUCUGCCCCAGGGGUGGCUGAGCUGAAUACACACAUGGUCAACUCUCUCUCAAAACUUGGCAUCACAGUUGUUUCACUACCACCGUAUGUUUCUGGUCACAAGCAGAUCCUGGGUAGUCUCGUCCAGUACCCGACUACAAACGGGAUUUUAGCAGCACUUGAAGAGCUCAGCAAGAACUUGUUAGCACGUGAGAAAGGAGAAUCUGAUUUCAACUCAUCAUCAUCAGAGGAAGAAAGAGAGUCAAUCAGAAUGUUCAUCACGAAUGCCAAACAGCUAGACCCCCAAAGAGUGAGUGUUCUGACAGGCUUGACACUUUUCACCGAGAUGGGCAGCAGACGGUUGGUCUCAGUGAGAGAGGUGAGCGCCAUUGGGCUACGUGACGCGCCUCCAGUUGGACCCCCGCGUUCUCUUCUGGAGUAUGAUGAGUCCUCCAGAUCAGCUGCCUUGACGAUUGGGGCGUCUGAAGUCAACUUAAACGACAUUGCUGAAGAAAUACUGCAAUACAUGUAUCGGGGAGAAUAUAGAGAUUCAGAUAGAAAACUUUUCAUGAAAUAUUUUCUCAACCAUUCACAAUUAAUGUCCAAACAAAACCUAACUGCUUUGGCGAGAGAAGUUCAGUUCGUUCCAGCAUCAGCCGGCACCCUACACAAAGCAGCAGAUCUCUAUGAUUGUGAAAAACAAGUUUUGAGAGAAUUGUUUCUCGGAGAAAACCUGUUUCCUUGUGAGGAGUUUGCACAAUCCAAGUUUAUUUCGAAAUUAAAGAAAUUAGGACUCCGCGAUGAAACGACAGUGAAAGAAGAUGAUUUGACAUCAGCUGCACAGCUCAUCCAAGACCUCCUAGCACAAGGAGACCGAGAAACUGCAGCUAGGAAGGCUGAAGGCUUGUGGAACUUGUUGUUGAGUCAAGGACAUUUGUUUACUAAUCUCGGUAGACUAGCCAAGAUACAAUGCAUUCCGUGUCUCCAUGAUCAUCAAAAGCCGUCAGACUAUCCAACGAGUUUACCUCUCCGAUCCACUCCUGCCAUUGUCAGGCCCUGUGAAAUGGCUCUGUACACGGAUCUCAUGUAUUGUGGAUCCGUUACAGCUGUUAUGAGAUCUGGAAUGUCCAAGGAUGUUGCUGAAAAGCUAAUGGUUGUAAGAGAAUUGACUUUUCAGGAUGUUCUCAGCCAUCUGAUGAACGUUGUACGUUGCUAUAACACUAAAGAAUCGGCUCAUUACAAACUUAUAUUGCACAGAGUAUUUGAGAGGCUGAAUGAAUGGAGGUCAGAGUCGAGUGUCUGUCAGUUUCUGAAAGAAAACGACUUCGUGUUUGUAGAGUCUGCAGGUCACUUUGCUCGACCAACACAGUUUUGGAUACAUAAGAGGGAUGAAGACAUAGACUUGACUCCAUACAGAUUUCCUGUAACCACUGAGAUGUCAAACGUCUGUGAUCUCUUUCAACGAUGUGGCAGCUGUGAGUACCAAGACGACCAACUGCUGCAAGAAGUCCUCAACGAGAUUAAGGCAAAGCAUGAGAGUGGACCUGUUUCCAAAACUGAUUACACUAAAGACAUGCGGCUUGUCAAGCAGAUUCUUGAUAUCCUUAGGCAAAGUGAAUCAGCAAGAAAUGGUGAGGUCCUUGUUCCCAUCAGCCACAAGCAACAAGAUGUUUUGAAGUUCCGUUUCGCAAAGGAUUGUACCUUGUGGACAGAGUCAUCAUCCAGAGUCUUCGCGCUAGAAGGAAAUGAAGAUGAAGAGAUCGUCUUUGUACACAGUGACAUUUCUAGAGAAACAGCCAUAAAGCUUGGGGUUCUCCAGAUUAAGGACCGAGGUCUGAUGAGAAUCGAAGAUUUGGUAUUUGAUUACGGGCAGCAUGAGGAGCUGACUGAUCGGCUGCAUAGCCUGCUAAGGGACUCUUACACUGACGGCUUUUCUGUGCCCAAAGAACUCAUCCAGAACGCAGACGAUGCAGGAGCGACGGAGGUGAAAUUCCUCUUGGACGAGCGUGAGAACAUGAAUGCACGGACAAACCUGAUCAACGAGAAAAUGGCUUCACUACAGGGGCCUGCAUUGUGGGCAUUCAACAACGCCACGUUUUCUGACAAAGAUUUCGAGAACAUUGUCAGACUUGGAGCAGGUACUAAGACAGACGAUGGAACAAAAGUGGGAAAGUUUGGACUGGGAUUUAACUCUGUGUACAAUCUAACGGAUGCCCCCAGCUUUAUCAGUCGACACACCAUGGCCAUCUUUGAUCCUCAGGUCAAGUAUCUCAAGGGACCAGGACUCAAGUUAGACUUUAGAAAACCAAUCAAUCGUGCACUUUGUUCCAGAAUGUCAGAGCAGUUCAAGCCAUUCCAGGGUAUCUUUGGCUGUACUCUUACCGGAGAAUCAGAAAUAAAUUACGAAGGCACGUUGUUCAGGUUUCCAUUCAGAACUUACGAUCAAGCUGCGGAAAGUAAGAUCAAGACAGAAGCAUACACAGAAUCAAAAAGAAAUGAAUUCAUCAAAAUGCUGUUAGAAAAUGCUGGAAAUCUGUUAAUGUUUACGCAGCAUGUGAAAGUAUUACAGAUUUACUACAUUUCCAGUAAAUGUUUAAAUCCACCUGAAGUCGAGUGCCUUCUUCUAUUAAACAAAGAUUCUCAUAAGACAGUGUUGUCUUCACAACCUGUAGUGUUCACAGGUAGUGUUCUAAACUUUGCAGUGGAAAGCUGGAAAAAGGGGGAAAAAGUCAGAGUAAAAGAAGACUUGACGAUGAGGCUGAGUACCUCAGACAUAGCAAAGACUCUGUGCAAUGCGUCUUCUCGUGACACUGAAAUUCGCUGGAGAAUAAUCUGGACGUGUGAAGGUGAGAUAUCAACAAUCGCAACCAACAGUAACAGACAUGGUCAACAGAUCCCCCUUGCUGCUGUAGCUGUCUUUCUACAAAAUCAGUGCAUAGCGCCGCUAAGCAUGAGUCCAACUGGCUUUUAUCUGUCUGGACAUCUCUUCUGCUUCUUGCCCCUUCCCAAGGAAUUCGUUAACCUCGAAAUACCAGUGCACAUCAACGGAACAUUUGAACUGGCUUCGAAUCGAAGAACUCUGCUUAGAAUAACAGAGGACGACUUGUCUAGUUCACAGCGUGACUGGAACUCAACUCUCUUUGCAGAUGCCGUGAGCAGAGCAUACCUCUUGAUUCUGGAAAAUCUUCAUCUGGAAGCUGCAAAUGGAUCAAACUUUUAUGAGUAUUAUAAGCUAUGGCCAACCUUAGACGGGAAAAACAACGUUUUGAGCAAUUUUUACUUGUGUUUGGUGAAGGACAAUUACAAAGUUUUUCCUGACUCCAGAAGCAAUUCGUGGGUGUCCUUUUCUGACGCCGUGUUUAUGGACCCUGACCUCAGAACUUCAGAGCUCGGCCAGACUGCAUGGGAGACAUUGAAGCAGUUUUGGAGCUGUGACGAGACGCUUGUGGACGCUCCAGCUGAUUUCUUCAAGCAGAUGAAUGUUGUGGAUCAUCAACGUGUUCUCAGCAGUAAAAUUAUAAGCGAGUUUUUCUUCUAUGAAAAGACAUUUUUUCCCAACAUUGCAAGCAGUUGGUGGACUAAAGAAGACAGGGAUCGGCUCGUCCUACAUGCAUUGCUGCAUUCUGAUCCUAAUAUUCAAAACCUAGUGAAGGACAAUUCGUGCAUACCCUGUCUCUUUACCUCUCGCCUGAAACGUCCACGUGAACUCAUCCACCCUGAAGGAGGGGCGGCAAAACUUUACUUGCCCUCUGACGAAAGAUUUCCACAAGAUAGCAGCCUACCCAUCAACUUCAGCUCUGAAGAAAGUCUUGCAAGACUUUCGAAACUCGGAAUGUUGACAGACACACUGGAGUGGGACAUGGUGAUAGAACGUGCGCAGUCUGUGGAAAAUCUUGCGCGCGAGAACUGGGCCCAAGCCAUGGCCAGAGCAAAGGCUUUCAUUGACUACAUGACAGACUUGCAGAACAGUCGUUAUAGGUACGAUACUUUCCCCCAGAAGUCAUGGGCAAACUUUCUAAUACCAAGUUUCUUCCAGUGAUGAAGAGGCCAGACAGCUGGAAACUUCCAUGGA